AUGCCGCAUACAGGUCAAGCGGGAGUCAAUCAAUUGGGCGGUGUUUUUGUCAACGGGCGACCAUUGCCCGACUGCGUUCGACAGAGGAUCGUACAACUCGCUCUGGUAGGCGUCAGGCCCUGCGAUAUCUCGCGUCAGUUACUCGUUUCCCAUGGCUGUGUGUCGAAGAUCCUGACGAGAUUCUACGAAACAGGAAGCAUCCGGCCGGGAAGUAUCGGAGGAAGCAAAACGAAGCAAGUGGCCACGCCCACAGUUGUUAAAAAGAUUCUACGAAUGAAGCAGGAACAGCCGACGAUGUUCGCCUGGGAGAUCCGGGAGCAGCUAGCCCGGCAGGGAGCCUGCGAUCCUCAAAGCUUGCCCUCCGUGUCCUCCGUGAAUCGGAUUCUUCGGGGCGGAGGGCUUCACGCAGAUCACGCGGGCAUCGAGAGCAGUCCCUCCAACACCUACGCCUCGCAAGUCUCGUCGAACGUCGCUAACAGAGACUCGUUAAUGAGAACGGAUUACCAGCUGUUUUAUCCGGGUGCUCUUGGACCGUUGCAUAUUUCCACGACUUCCGGUAACACCGGCGCGCCAUCUUGGAACCCGAGCUUUUACUCGUCCCUGUACCAAGCCACCACACUACACUUGCAUCAUGGAAUGCAAUCCUUCACAUCGUUGGACAUGGAGCGUCUGUCGGAACAAAAUGGCGGGGCCAAUCAGGUCGAGCUGAAGUCGAGCUCAAGUUCAAUGGCGGGCAGCGACGAUUCCCUGGACAAAAGCGACCUGGACGAGAACACGGAGCCGCAGGACCACUACAAGCCGUUCCAGAACUCGACGACCAUACUGGAGCUCGGUCAGAAGAUCGGUAGCGAUCGCAGCGCGUUCGUCAGACAUAGCAUGUCCGGGUCGUCUGGAAGCUUGGAGAACGGGCAGAGCCCGCCGCCUAUUGGCGAUACUCAGAAGACACCGUCGCCAUGUAUCGUGGAGACCCGAAACGAGCGGAACACGAUAGCCAAAGAGACAACGGCCGAGGUGAGGCCGGCGCCGCCGCAGAGAAAGAGGAAUCCUUACUCGAUAGAGGAGCUGCUUAAGAAGGACGAAAACAAGACCACCUCGAAGAGGCCGAAGCUGACGAACAUCGGAGUGGUGCAACCUUGCGGGAUCGUUCUCAACAAAGAGAUCUGA